AAUUACCUCUAAAUAUUUAAUAUUCCAAUAAAAUAUUAAAUGCUAGAAGGAUUGCCUUUUCGCACAGUGCCUAACAUCAUAUAGUAAUGGAAACAGAAGUUGUUGAAGAUAUUGUGAUUGUUGGGGCUGGGAUUGCUGGCCUUACAACAUCCUUAGGACUACAUAGGUUGGGUAUCCGAAGUUUGGUGUUAGAAUCUUCAGAUACUUUGAGGAUCACUGGGUUUGCUUUGACAUUAUGGGACAAUGCUUGGAAGGCAUUGGAUGCUGUUGGUGUUGGAGACAUUCUCCGCCAGCAACAUGUCCAGCUGAGUGGGAAUGUUACUACUUCUUUGGUUACAGGGAAACAAACAUCAACUACACCUUUCAAAGCAAGAGGAAAAGAUGGAGCCUUUGAAAUUCGUUGUGUUAAAAGGCAGUUAAUGUUGGAAGCCCUUGUUAAUGAGCUUCCAAGUGGAACCAUCAGGUUCUUGUCAAAGGUGGUUGCUAUUGAGGAAUCUGGAUACUAUAAGAUCCUCCAUCUUGCUGAUGGAACAGCCAUCAAAACCAAGGUAUUGAUUGGGUGUGAUGGAGUGAACUCAGGGGUGGCAAAGUGGCUAGGCUUCAAGGAGGCCUCUUUUACAGGGAGAUAUGCAGUCAGGGGUUUUGCUGAGUCCAAGAGCAAUCAUUGGCUUGAUCCCAAGUUCAUGCAGUUCUUUGGUAAAGGCUUUCGAGCUGGUGCUAUUCCUUGUGAUGAGAAGACCGUUUACUGGUUUUUCACUUGGACACCAACUAGCCAAGACCAAGAGCUAGAAGAGAACCCUGCUAAACUGAAACAAUAUGUGUUAAACAAGCUUGAGAAGAUGCCAAGUGAUGUUAGAUUCUUCAUAGAAAAAACUGAACUAGAUGGUUUCCUAGCAGUUCCAUUGAGAUAUAGACAUCCUCUGGAGCUGAUGUUGGGGAAUAUUAGCAAGGGCAAUGUUUGUGUUGUUGGAGAUGCUUUCCACCCUAUGACUCCUGACCUUGGCCAAGGAGGGUGUUGUGCCUUAGAAGAUGGGGUGGUUUUAGCUAGGUGCCUAGCUGAGGCCUUCUCCAAGGAACCAUGGAGACAUGUCAAAGAGAAGGAUGAAGAAGAGUACCAAUACAAAAGGAUUGAGGGAUGUUUGAAGAAAUAUGCAAACCAUAGAAGAUGGAGAAGCAUUGAUCUCACUGCUACAUCUCACAUGGUGGGUUCUAUUCAGCAGGGUGAGUCUAAAUUUGUUACCUUUUUGAGGGACACCAUUUUGGCUGCAUUUCUAGGUAGCCUGUUGUUGAAGAAGUCAAAGUAUGAUUGUGGAGAACUCAAUAGCUCUUAAUGUGUAUUCAAUUUUGCUUAUUUUAAACAAUAAUUUCUCCAAAUUAUGUGUUUCCUAACAUGCAUAGUCACAAUUAGCUUGUGAAAUGCUCAGUCCGGCCUUGUAAUGAUUUUGAUGCCAUUUUUUUUUCUUUUUCUUCUCUCUGUUUUUUUUAUGUUGCUCAGUAAAGUUGGCAUAUAUAAGAAUGUAGUCUUGGUUCAAUUACAAUUAAUCAAUGGUGCUAAUUAGCAAAUUGUGAAAGAAUAAAAUAAGAACAAUGACCAAUCUUGGAUAAACCAGCACAUCAACCACGAUAUUUGACUCAUUAUGGAGUUAUAAAAUAUUUGAAAACCAUUGAUGCUUAAGGAUUCGAAAACCUGUUACUGCAUUCGAUUAAUUUGAUGUACAUCUCUUAUCUGUACUCUAUAUACACAAUAGAGAAAGAAUAAUGGUUGAUUCUUAAAGUUACAUUAUUUAUGUUUUUAUCAUUUUGAUGUGUGUCUAAAGACAAGUUAAAAACUAUUAAAUAUACUUUUAUUGAAUGUGUUUAAAUUAUUAUAAAAAGUAUGUAUUAGAUAUAUUUUUUUAAGAAAAUAAAAAAACAUUUUAACUUCUUAGCAAAUACUGUUGAACACACAUUUAAAAAAUGUCUAUUUUUAAGUCACAUUUAAUAUAGUUAAAAAUGGACAAAGAAAGUAAAAAUAAUUUCUAAUUAUGAAUGUAUUAUAUCUACCUCUAUAUAUAAUUUGAGUCUUAAUUUUUAAAUGAAAUUUUUUAAGAGUCUUCUUGAAUAAAAGUAUUUAGAGAUUAAUUAUCAUCUUAAUUUUAAUUUAUAUUUUAGACUUCAUUUUUUAAUUUUAAAACUUUUUAUCUUUAUUAUUAAUAAAUAAAAUAUUUAACACUUAUUCUUUUACAAAACCCUAAUAACAGAAUACAUAAUACACAUAUAAUUAUUAACUAAAUAACUUAUUAGUUUUGGUUUAAAAUGAUCUUUAAUCUUAAAGACAAAAGCAUAAUCAAAAUCUUUUCUUUAUCUCAUAUCUGUUUCUCACUUUUGCAGACAACAACUGUCAAUAUCAGUGUUUGAGACAUUUUUUCUCAAUUAUUGAUGCCUAUUCCACCAAACGCUUAUUAUGGCAACAUUAAAACCAAACAAAGAUUUCAAUUCAGCAAGCCAACAUUUUUUUUUUAAUUUUGUUUAUUUAGUUUAAAUUCAAUCAAUUGAUUAACACAUCUAAAAUCAUUGACCACGUGAGUUAUUUGAUACCUAAUUCCUUUAACUUAACUUGUAGUGUUAUUUACAAUAGUUAUAUUUGCCAAAAUUGAUUUUACACUUAAUGCAUAUUUUAUUAUAAAAUAAUUUUUAUACAUAAUUUAUAAGUACUGUUUUUUUUUAAAUAAGAGAUUUUUUAUAACUAUUUUUAAAUGAGAUUAUUUUCAGAAUUAAUUUUUUUAUUAUGUCAUUUUUUUACAUUAUGUAUUUUUUAUUUAAUAUUGAUUUA